GCUGAGCUGCGGCGGGUGGCGGGCGCUUGGCGAUCCCGCUACCCCUCCCGGCCGCUCCCGCCGACUCACCCGGCCCACCGCCCUUCCAGUCGGCCCCGGCGGGCGAGAACUGCACCCUCGGCGGCUCGGCCGUGGGACCGCUCUGGGAUGACUUGUGUUGAUUCCUCCAUGCCUGAGUCUUCUGCUGGAGCAGAGGCCCCAUGAGCCGGUGGAUAAACAGCACUCCUUGUACCUCUGAGCCAGAACUCUGGCUGACCACAUAGAAGCAUGAUGCUCCAACAGGUGAAUGGCCACAGUUCAGGCUCCGAAACCCCAGGCAAAGCAUCCCUUGGGGAAGAUCUACAGGAAUUCCUGGGUCAGGAGGCCCCACUGCACCAACUGGAUGACCUCACCAAAGUAAAUCCUGUGACACUGAAGACAGUCCUGAGAUGCUUACAGGCCCGGUAUAUGGCAGACAUAUUUUAUACCAAUGCUGGCUGUACCCUGGUAGCUUUGAACCCCUUCAAGCCCAUCCCUCAACUCUACUCACCAGAGCUGAUGCAAGAGUACCAUGCUGCUCCUCAGCCCCAGAAAUUGAAACCCCACAUCUUUACUGUGGGUGAACAGACCUACAGGAAUGUCAAAAGCCUGACUGAGCCAGUCAACCAGUCCAUUGUGGUCAGUGGAGAGAGUGGAGCUGGAAAGACAUGGACAUCCCGCUCCCUGAUGAAGUUCUAUGCUAUGAUGGCUGCCUCAUCCGCUUCCUGUGAGAACCACAAGAUUGCAGAGAGGAUUGAACAGAGGAUCCUGAACUCUAACCCUAUCAUGGAAGCUUUUGGGAACGCAUGUACGCUGAGGAAUAACAACAGCAGUCGCUUUGGGAAGUUCAUCCAGCUCCAGCUGAACAGAGCCCAGCAGAUGACGGGAGCUGCGGUCCAGACCUACCUCCUAGAGAAAACACGUGUGGCCUGCCAGGCCUCCAAUGAGAGGAAUUUCCACAUCUUCUACCAGAUUUGCAAAGGAGCCACCAAGGACGAGAGGCUCCAGUGGCACCUCCCAGAGGGAGCUGCCUUCUCCUGGCUACCUAAUCCAGAGAGGACUUUGGAAGAGGAUUGUUUCGAGGUGACCAGAGAGGCCAUGGUCCAUUUGGGCAUCGACACCCCCACCCAGAACAACAUCUUUAAGGUCCUAGCUGGACUAUUGCACCUUGGCAAUAUCUGGUUUGCUGACUCAGAAGACGAAGCCCAGCCCUGCCAACUGAUGGAUAAUGCCAAGUACUCUGUCAGGACAACAGCCUUACUGCUGCAGCUCCCUGAGGACAUACUGCUGGAGACACUGCAGAUUCGAACCAUCAGGGCAGGCAGGCAGCAGCAGGUGUUCCGGAAGCCCUGCUCCCGAGCAGAGUGUGACACCCGCAGAGACUGUCUGGCCAAACUGAUCUAUGCACGGCUGUUCGACUGGGUGGUAUCGGUGAUCAACAGCAGCAUCUGUGCAGACUCUGACUCAUGGACUGCCUUCAUAGGCCUGCUGGAUGUAUAUGGGUUUGAGUCAUUUCCUGACAAUAGUCUGGAACAGCUGUGCAUCAACUAUGCCAAUGAGAAGCUACAACAGCACUUUGUGGCUCACUACCUCAGGGCGCAGCAGGAGGAAUACACAAUUGAGGGCCUGGAGUGGUCAUUUGUCAACUACCAGGACAACCAAACCUGUUUAGAUCUCAUCGAGGGGAGCCCCAUCAGCAUCUGCUCCCUCAUAAAUGAGGAAUGCCGCCUUAAUCGACCAAGCAGCGCAGCACAGCUACAGACACGCAUUGAGAGUGCUCUGGCAGGCAGACCCUGCCUGGGCCACAAUAAGUUCAGUCAGGAGCCCAGUUUCGUGGUAGUACAUUUUGCAGGACCUGUACGGUACCACACAGCAGGCCUGGUGGAAAAGAACAAGGACCCUGUUCCCCCUGAGCUGACUGGGCUUCUGCAGGAAUCCCAAGACCCCUUGCUCAUGAUGCUGUUUCCUGCUAACCCCAAAGAGAAGACCCAGGAGGAGCUCACUGGCCAGAGCAGGGCCCCUGCAUUGACUGUGGUGUCCAAGUUCAAGGCCUCACUGGAUCAGCUCCUGCAGGUCCUACACAGCACCACCCCCCACUACAUUCGCUGCAUCAAGCCCAACAGCCAGAGUCAGCCACAGACUUUCCUCCAGGAGGAGGUGCUGAGCCAGUUGGAGGCCUGUGGCCUUGUGGAGACCAUCCACAUCAGUGCUGCUGGCUUUCCCAUCCGGGUUUCUCACCAGAACUUUGUGGAACGAUAUAAGUUACUGAGAAGGCUCCAUCCUCACUCAUUCUCUGGCUGCCACAGUCUCUAUCUUGCCAAAGGUCCUUCUGAGUGGCCUCUGUAUACCCAGGAGGCUGCACUGCAGCCACUACUCCAGGACAUUCUCCACACUCUGCCAGCUUUAAUUCGGAUAGCAGCCACUCCCAAUGACCCCGCUGAGGCCACACAAGUCCCCUUGUACUGUGGCAGGACCAAAGUGUUCAUGACUGACUCCAUGCUAGAGCUUCUAGAAUGUGGGCGUGCCCAGGUGCUGGAGCAGUGUGCCCUCUGCAUCCAGUGUAGCUGGAGGCGACACCGUCUCCGAAAGCAGGAGAGACAGAGGCGAGCUGCAAUGCUCAUUCAGGCAGCCAUUCGGUCCUGGUUAACUCGGAAACAUAUCAGAAGGCUGCAUGUAGCUGCCACGGUCAUCAAGCGUGCAUGGCAUAAGUGGAGAAUCAGAAUGGCCUUCCUUGCCUCUAAAGAACUGGAUGAUGUGGAGGAAAAACCAAGACCUCAAGCUCCCGGCUCCCAGAGCUUCUCACUGCCUCCAGCACAGAGGGGGCUCCUAGGGGCAAUAAUACACCUCUGGCCCUUGGGACUGGUACUAGCCAACUCAGCUGUGGGUGUCCAGGGCUUUCAGAGAAAACUGGUAGUCCAUGCCUGUCUCCGGCUUCCCUCAGGCAGCCCCAGUAACAUAAUCCAGACUCCUCAACAACACCAGGCUGGUGUCACAUCCAUCAGAGCAGUGCCUCAGGGCUCGAUAAAGUUUCAUUGCAGAAAGUCUCCACUUCAGUAUGCUGACAUCUGCCCUGAAUCUUCAUCCUCUGGUGUUACUGGUCUCAAUCAGAUUCUGCUUGAAAGACACAGGCCAACCCACGUGUGACCUCUUCUCACCUUCUGCCCCCAACCUUUAGUGGUGAUCUUUAGUGCCUUUGUUUCAACAAGGCCUUUUCCUGCCAGCUGCCUUGCCAAAGAUACGUGAUCAACACACAACUGCCAAACUAUUCCCACAGUGAUUCCAAUUGCACAUGCCAGCAUCAGGGCCAUGCCUCAAGCACUGGCAGGAUGUCAGGGUUGGGAGUUACCAAGCCAGGAUUAGAGCCACAAACUACCCAGCUUACUACCUUGAGGCUCAGGCCCAAAUGUGACUGUCCAUCCUAGAAUGUUUUCACUACAGUGGGAUGGAGUCUCACUCAUCCACACACACUUUAGAAACACACACUUUAGAAAGGGGCAAAUCACCCUAAAAUCAUCUCUAGAAUUUUGGUUGGGGAAAACCUCGCAUAUAGCUCAUUAAAGGAACAAAACUUUAGUAUUUAAUAAGUUUGAUUUAUUUAAUGUAAUUUCAAAGAAUUGGAUUAGGAACCAAGGACAAUGAACAGUGCACCACACCUUGAAUUUACUUAGUAACACUAUCUGUUUUUAACUUGAGUGGGUAUAAACUUGGUAUUUAUGAUGUAUAUCUGAACUGUACAAAAGUAAAAUAUUUUAAAACCA